AUGGAGACAAUCCCCGCCCAGGGACGGGCUGAGGGUCUGGGAGGCCGGUUCCUGCCGGGCCCGGCCCCCGGCCGGCGACCGAGCGACCCCGCCGACGUCAGCGGCCUGCUGGCCCUCAGACCCGGGGCCGGAGUCUUCUUCCUCUGCUGCCCGGACGGCGAGCAGCUCAGCUUCCUGUUCGACUGCAUCGUCCGAGGCAUCUCUCCGACCAAAGGCCCGUUCGGACUGCGGCCCGCCCUGCCAGAUGUGGACCCGACGUCGGCGGAGGAGAGAAUGGCCCACGAGACCUUGCAGCUGGAGAAGCGGCUCAGCCUCCUCUCUCAUUCCAGCCGCCCCUGCAGCGGAGGAGACGACCGGAGCCUGUCCAGCUCGUCGUCGGACACCAGCCACUCGGACGCCGGGGGCCGGGCCCCGGCGUGGGCGGAGGCCGGGGGUCCGGCCGGGGGGACCCCGGAGGGCCCCGGGAGAGGGGCGCCGGCGGCGGCGGCCGGCGAGGAGGCCCGGGCCGGCCUCCUGCCGUUGAGAUCCCCGCCGGACAGGCCGCUGCUGGAGUCCGGCCGGCAGGGCUCGCUGGACAGUGGCAUCGCCACGGCCAGCCGCUCCUCCUACUCGGGCAGCUUCUCCUCCUGCCUGGGCAGCCUGGACUCGUGCCCCGGGCCCGUGGCCGCCUCGGGCCCGGGCCCGCUGGCCUCCCCGGGCCCCGACCCGGCCUUCUGCGGCUGCCCAUCCCGCCCCGCCGGCGACUACCAGGUGCCCACCUCGGCUCGCCACCUCUACGACACCCCACGCCGGCUGCUGCCCGCCCAGGCCCCGGAGGGACCCCCGGAGGACCCCCCGGAGGACCCCUCCCGGACGACCCCCCGAGAUCGCCCCUCCGGGCCGGGGGUCGUCGACCGGAGCCGUCCCCAACCCGGGACCCCGAGGACUCCGUUGGCGGCCUGUCCGGUCUGCGGCGGGCUCCAGUUUGGGGAGCAGAGGUUCGGGUCCACCCUCUUAGCAUCUUUGUGA